AUGGUCGCCGGAGUUGGAGUGGGCUCAUUGUAUCUACUUGGUGGGUAUCGAAUGCAAAACAAACAGUCAUACGGCUUAGAACUAGCUCUUUUUGCAUCACUGCUACUCGCUGGAUCGUCAAUUCCAAGAGGUAUUAAGACCAAGAAGCCACUUGCUCUGGGUCUAGGUGCAUUAUCGCUUUAUGGGCUAUUUACCUUUGGCAACGCAUACGUGUCUAUGAAACAAGAAUCCAGCAAGAAAAUACUUUGA